AUGGGAAGAAAAAUCUUAUUUAGUGCUUCACUUGUAUUUUUAUGCAUUGGAUUUUCACUAACUUUGGAACAGAUACUUGCCAGGAAGAAUGUAAGAACUUAGCAUGAAACAACAUAUGAUCAAGAGGCAGUGGUGAGCUCAAAUCAACAGAAAAAUGGUGAUAUGAAGCCAAUUCAGAAUUUUACAACAAUAUCAAUUACACAGGCACUCAACUAUAAUGCAAGUGAGCAAAGACACCUAGGAAGAGGACUUCUGAACGCAUCCAGCCAUCACAGCCCCAUUAAUGUCUCCGCUGAUGGGACUCCCUGCAUCCUCUUCUGGGCCAAAAGAAUAACAAUUAAAUUUAAGAAUCAGACCUGGCUGGACCUUACGGAUGAAGUGCUUGGUCAGAAGGCAACAGUGGAUGCUGUCAACUCAAACUGCAGCGAUGAGAAUGCCACGCUGUAUUUGAAGUUUGAUGGUGGUGGAAAUCUCAAAGUUCUUGAUGUCAGAUUCAUCCUAACCAAUUACAACAAAUUGUCUGUCCAGAGUUGGUUCAGUUUACACCGAGUCGAAAUUAUCUCCAAUAACUCAGUCCAAGCAACUUUUAAAGCGUCUGGCAUAAAUGCUCCUUGGAGUUAUUCCUACCACUGUCAGCACGUCAGCAACCUGCAGCGCUAUGACGCCCUCUUGCUGCCCAGCGACCCGGCUGCUACCUCGAGCCACUGGGAGGUCACCUUUGUUGAUUUCCAGAUUCAAGGUUUUGCUAUUAAUGGAGGAGAAUUUUCCAAGGCUCGAGACUGCGCCUCUUCCUUCUCACCGGCCAUUCUGAUUGGUCUGGUGAUGUCCCUGAUUCUGCUGCUGGCUUUGGCCUCUGCUCUUCACACGCUCAUCUACCUGCGAGAUCAUGACCGGCACUACGAUUUCAUCUCCUCUCCUGUCCACUUCGCACAGUUGAAAGCUCCCGAUGUAGCAGAGGAGAAGGAACUGCUUGGGAGCCAGGGCAUCGAGAGCUAUGAAUUGAGAAGCCAACAGAUCUGUAGAAUUUAUGUCUAA